AUGCUCGGAUCAAAGACUGUUCCGUCCAACCCUGUCGAAUUCCGGGGGCGCUUGUCGAGAACGAGCUGCAUUGGGUCUCUUCUACCGCGAUCGGCCUGGGACGGGGUGCCCGGCGAUUCCCCUCUGCCGCUCGACCUUUCCAGCGACAGUCUUGACACUAGUGCUGGAGCAAUCCCUUCGCCCAAGAUGAAGAGCCUCAUCGCCACCGUGCCCUUCCUGUCCGGCCUCGCCGUUGCGCUGGCCUUCUUCAUCAACUGGACGAGCGCAUAUGAGCGUGGUUCUGCCGGUUUCGCUCUCCAGAAGCGUUUCGUCAACUCGACCGAGCUUGACGCAUGCAAGUCCAUCUCGAGCGCCAUGACCACUCAGGGCAGCAAAGUCAUCUACGCACUCGACCUCUCCUACCUUGGCCUGGUCAAGCACUACAUGACGUCUUCGACGCAGCUGCCAGCCUGCGUGGCCGUGCCUGCUUCUCCGGCCGACCUGUCGGCAGCGAUCAAGGUGAUCGGCAGCAAACGCAUCCGCUUCGCCAUCGAAGCUGCCGGUCACGCCUCGAACCAAGGCUUCUCCUCGACACCUGGCGUGCACAUCAACCUUAAAAACUUCCAGCAGGUCAACCUGAGCGGUGACAAGAGCUAUGUCGAUGUCGGCCCCGGCAACGUGUGGGACAACGUCUACUCUGGCCUCGAAGGCGCUGGCGUUGCUGUCGUCGGUGGUCGUGUCUCGGGCGUCGGUGUCGGCGGCUUCAUCACCGGCGGCGGCGGAUACAGCUGGAAGACCAACCAGUACGGUCUCACUGGUGACACGCUCAUCUCGGCAGACAUUGUGCUUCCUGACGGCACCCUGACCACGGCAUCGGCCUCGCAGAACGCCGACCUCUUCUGGGCCAUCAGGGGCGGCGGAAACAGGUUUGGCAUCAUCCACAACUUCCGCCUCAAGACGGUCCCCCAGGGUCAGGUCUACGGCGGUCUUCGCGUCUACACCGCCGACCAACUGGAUGAGCUCGUCAAUGCAACCCUUGUCUUCUCCGAGACGAGCAAGGAUCCCAAGGCCCAAGUGCUGCCCACCUUCAACUUUUUGCUUGGACAGCCGGGCGCGAUCAAUCUCGCCUUCUACGAUGGCCCAACUCCGCCUGCAGGUACAUUCGAUGCCUUCAGCCCCUCCAACGUUCGUCCUCUCGUCGACGACUGGAAGACGCGCUCGUUGCUCGACCUCGUCAAGAGCGCACCUGCUGAUGUCCAGGGCGGUCAGCGUGGCGCUUUCCACACGGUCUCGCUGGAGAAGUACAGCAAGCCCCUGCUGGACCUGAUCGUCAGCGAGCUCAAGUAUUACGGCGCGCAGAGCUUCCUGCACAGCGGUACCUUCAUUUCGUACGACGUUGAGCCUUUCCUUCCCUACUCGCAGUACGCCAAGGACGCCGCCUGGCCGCACAGCACGAAUGCACUCCCCCUCAACCUCUACUUCGCCUGGACCAACCCAGCCGAGGACGCGUUCUGGGCCAAGGCCAUCAAGGCCUCCGCCGACAAGAUCACCGCGCAGGCUCGCAGCGAGGGCCAGAACCUCGACAACCUCUACCUGUACCCCAACUACGCCAUCACUGGCACUCCUUCGUCGCAGCUGUACGGCCCCAACCUUGGCCGCCUCUCGCAGCUCAGGAAGCAGUACGACCCGCAAGACGUCAUGGGGCUCACGACCUACUUCCCCUUCUAA